AUGGAGAAGAGAGGAGGGACCUUGGGCCUUCAACAAGGGAGAAGAGAGGAGGGUCCUUGGGCCCCCACCAAGGGAGAAGAGAGGAGGGACCUUGGGCCCCCACCAAGGGAGAAGAGAGGAGGGACCUUGGGCCCCCACCAAGGGAGAAGAGAGGAGGAACCUUCGGCCCCCACCAAGGGAGAAGAGAGGAGGAACCUUCGGCCCCCACCAAGGGAGAAGAGAGGAGGGACCUACGGCCCCCACCAAGGGAGAAGAGAGGAGGGGCCUUGCGCCCCCACAAAGGGAGAAGAGAGGAAGGACCUUCGGCCCCCACCAAGGGAGGAGAUAGGAGGGAUCUUCGGCCCCCACCAAGGGAGAAGAGAGGAGGGACCUUGGGCCUUCAACAAGGGAGAAAAGAGGAGGGACCUUGGGCCUUCAACAAGGGAGAAGAGAGGAGGGUCCUUGGGCCCCCACCAAGGGAGAAGUGAGGAGGGACCUUGGGCCCCCACCAAGGGAGAAGAGAGGAGGGACCUUGGGCCCCCACCAAGGGAGAAGAGAGGAGGGACCUUGGGCCUUCAACAAGGGAGAAGAGAGGAGGGUCCUUGGGCCCCCACCAAGGGAGAAGAGAGGAGGGACCUUGGGCCCCCACCAAGGGAGAAGAGAGGAGGGACCUUGGGCCCCCACCAAGGGAGAAGAGAGGAGGGACCUUGGGCCUUCAACAAGGGAGAAGAGAGGAGGGACCUGGGGCCCCCAACAAGGGAGAAGAGAGGAGGGACCUUGGGCCUUCAACAAGGGAGAAGAGAGGAGGGACCUUGGGCCUUCAACAAGGGAGAAGAGAGGAGGGUCCUUGGGCCCCCACCAAGGGAGAAGAGAGGAGGGACCUUGGGCCCCCACCAAGGGAGAAGAGAGGAGGGACCUUGGGCCCCCACCAAGGGAGAAGAGAGGAGGGACCUUGGGCCUUCAACAAGGGAGAAGAGAGGAGGGACCUGGGGCCCCCAACAAGGGAGAAGAGAGGAGGGACCUUGGGCCUUCAACAAGGGAGAAGAGAGGAGGGACCUUGGGCCUUCAACAAGGGAGAAGAGAGGAGGGACCUUGGGCCCCCACCAAGGGAGAAGAGAGGAGGGACCUUGGGCCCCCACCAAGGGAGAAGAGAGGAGGGACCUGGGGCCCCCAACAAGGGAGAAGAGAGGAGGGACCUUCGGCCCCCACAAAGGGAGAAGAGAGGAGGGACCUUGGGCCCCCACCAAGGGAGAAGAGAGGAGGGACCUUGGGCCCCCACCAAGGGAGAAGAGAGGAGGGACCUUGGGCCCCCACCAAGGGAGAAGAGAGGAGGGACCUUGGGCCUUCACCAAGGGAGAAGACAUGAGGGACCUUGAGCCUUCACCAAGGGAGAAGACAUGA